CUCCGGACUUUUACCGGGGGUUUUGUAGGUUAUGCAACCAAAAAUACAUAGUUUCUAAAGAAUUUCUCAUGUCCUGUAAUUUCUGUAGUCCUAAUAAAUAAGCACUUUUACGUAUUCAAAAUAUUUUUGUGAAUUAGAUAAAGAAAUAAACAGAAAUUAUCCCCCCAAUCAACCAAGAGAACAAAUACAAUAAAAAAAAAACAAUUCAGUCAAGUGAAGUCAAAUAAUAAUUGCAUGUAUGUACUACAUGAUUUAUGAUUUAUUUAAAAUAAAAUUGUUUUUAAAUAGUAUCAUCUGGUAUCAUUUAGUUAUUAGUAAACAAGAACUGGUACACUAAGAUAACUAUAUAAUAAGUAGUCAAUUUGUAGUUAAAAAAUUAUGUUACAUAUAAGAACUUUUAAUAAAUUCAGGUUAUUUGAUUUUCAAUAUGUUUACAGAUCAAUAUCCUCAAUUCCAUUUGAAAAUCAGGUAAACAAGAUAGAAAACCUAGAAAAUAAUCCUCUAACAGAUUCGUUUGGCAGGCAUCAUACAUACUUGAGAAUCUCUCUUACAGAAAGGUGCAACUUGAGAUGUCAAUAUUGUAUGCCCGAAGAAGGAGUAUCACUAACAGAAAAAACUAAACUUUUAACUACAGACGAAAUCCUGUAUAUUGCUCAACUAUUUGUUAGACAGGGCGUUACAAAAAUACGUUUAACUGGGGGUGAACCUACUGUUAGAAAAGAUCUCGUUGAUAUUAUUGAAAAUUUAAAGAAAUUACCUGGCUUAGAGACUGUUGCAAUGACUACUAAUGGGUUAACUUUGACCAGACAAUUAGUUGCUCUACAAAGAGCAGGACUGGAUAUACUCAAUAUUAGUUUGGAUACACUAAAUGCAAAGAAGUAUGAGAAAAUAACCCGUAGAAAUGGAUGGAAAAAAGCAAUGGCAGGUAUAGACCUAGCCUUGCAACUUGGAUACAACCCAGUUAAAGUCAACUGUGUAGUAAUGAAAGGAUUAAAUGAUGAAGAAUUGCUAGAUUUUGUUGAACUUACAAGAGAUAAAUCUCUCGAUGUAAGAUUUAUUGAGUAUAUGCCUUUUUCUGGCAACAAGUGGCAUGAAAAUAAAAUGGUAUCGUACAAAGACAUGGUCGAUAAUAUUAAAAAGGUUUACAAAGAUUUUGGUCCUUUAGAAAAUGGACCAAACGAUACAUCUAAGGCAUGGAAAGUACAAGAUUUCAAAGGACAAAUAGGUUUCAUAACAUCAAUGAGCGAACACUUCUGUGGCUCAUGCAAUCGACUAAGACUUACGGCCGAUGGAAACCUAAAAGUGUGCCUUUUUGGCAACACAGAAAUAUCGCUACGCGAUGCGAUCAGGGCUAAGUGUUCGGAAGAUGACCUGACGACUCUGAUUGGCGCGGCAGUAAAGAGAAAAAAGAAACAACAUGCAGAUUCAUCGGCAGACCUACAAUCAAAUUACUUUAAUAUUCCAAAAUCAACAUUGUAUCAUUCAAACUUAUCUCAUCUGUUCUCAAACCCGACAUCCCUAACUCUGAAACGCUGUUAUUCAACCAGAGACACUCUAUCUCACGUCAACGCACAAGGAAAAGCUUCUAUGGUAGACAUAAUAAAAAAAGAAAUCACAGUUCGGAGAGCCACAGCAUCGGCAGUUGUCAAAGUCGGUGCUGCCAUAACCAAGCUUAUUAGCGACAAUUCCGUUAAAAAAGGAGACGUGCUGAGCAUAGCUCAAAUUUCGGGGAUCUUGGGCGCGAAAAAAACUUCAGAAAUAAUUCCCCUCUGCCAUAACAUUCCCCUAACCUCAAUCAAGGUUACCGCAGCCCUGGACAUGCCCAAUGAAGCCGUGCGCAUCGUUUCCGAAGUCCAGUGCGAAGGCAGGACCGGCGUGGAGAUGGAGGCUUUGACAGCUGUCAGCGUAGCGGCUCUCACUAUUUAUGACAUGUGCAAAGCGGUGAGCAGAGAUAUAGUGAUAACUGACGUUUGUUUGACAAGUAAAAGCGGCGGUCAAAGCGGGGAUUACGAAAGGGAACAGCUGGAAGUGAGGGAGUAUGAUCACAGACCCAUUACUAGACUCACUCCUUACGUUGGGCCUAUGUAAGUAGGGUGGAAGAUUAAAUUGGGUUUAUUUAGUACCAUCGAGAGAAAAGGCCAGAUGGCUGUGAUGUAAAAACCUGAUACAUCAUCGAAGAGAGACGGACUAUCGUUUAGUUGACGAAUGAUGCCUAUCGACAUCUAAGCGAUUUUUCUUACCAGUAUGUAGUUUAAAUACAUUGUGAAUUUAUUAAAAAAGCAUUUUUUUAAACUACAUAUGCGAUUUGAUAGAUGUAUUAAGUGAAAUUGUUACUUUAAUACUUUUAGGAGAUAAUAAAGAAUAAUUGUAAAACACUCUAAACAAAUAUUAGCCAUAAUUCUUAUUCAUUGGAUUCUUUAAAAUGUGAUAAUAAUUUUUCAACAUUUAUCUGUGAUCAAUAUUCAGCCCAUUAUUCAUAGAAAAAUCUGUGAAAUCAAAGUAUAUAUCCAGUGUAUAUAGAGUUCCGUCUAUCGCCUAUACUGUAGAUGACGUCACGUGUACCCCAUCAGGCCUUCUUUUCUCGAAGAUAUUACUUAAAAUAUAUUACUCUAAGUCUAUUACUUAGAAUGUCUUUCCUAUUAUAUCAAUUCAUAUCAUAUUUUUUAUCUCUGUUAUAUAUUUGGACCAAUGUGAGUGGCUGAUUUUAUAUUCAAAAUGGCUUACUUAUUAAGUGAUUUCAUAUUAUAUUUAUAUGUGGUGUAUGUACUAUUUUUUAGAAGAAUAUUAUAUCUUUAUUUUUGUAUACUUUUUAAAUAAGAAUAAAAUAUUAUAUUACCUAA